UAUCGGCCUUCUUAUCACGUGGUCGCCAUACAGGCUGCUUUGUUCCUGGGCUUCCUGUGGAUGCACUCUUUGCUCUCCACCUAUCCCUACCUACGGCUGCUCCCUCGAGCCUUCUCCAUGGCCACACGGCCGCCCGAAGCCCCGGCCCCCACUGGCUCGGAUUACAUCUCUGGCUCCGUCUCAGUCGUCUUUGUCACCUGCCCCAAUGACAAGAUCGCCAAGACUAUUGCCAGGUCCAUGGUGGAGAAGCGACUGGCCGCCUGUGUCAAUCUUGUACCUCAGAUCACAUCUGUCUAUGAAUGGAAAGGAAAGAUUGAGGAAGACAAUGAGGUGAUGAUGAUGAUAAAGACUCAAACUGCCUUGGCACCAUCCUUGACAGAAUUUAUUCGUUCUGUUCAUCCAUAUGAAGUGGUUGAAGUCAUUGCAUUGCCCGUGCAACAGGGGAACCUCCCAUACCUUAACUGGGUAAAAGAUAGCACUACUCCUCAAUGAUGAUCCUAUUUUGAUGACUUUUGAGACUACUCUGAUACC